AACUGACAUGGUGARACGAAGCACUUUUUCUGGUUUAACAAAGAAGGAGAAUCAAAGACAAUAAAAUGAGGAUUUUCUGAUAAAAGGCAUGAAGCUUAUUUGUUGCCUUAUUAUCUGGAUACUUGCAGAUGGGGGACAUGGGUCAAGAAGCCCUGAAAAGCUCACAAAAUUCGCAGAGCAGAUCACCAAUUCCAAGAAAAAUAAUCAAAGAAGUAUCUAUCCUUUGCCAAACCAAUGGAGACGAAAACUUACUUUAGAGAACAUACUUCAUAAARCAAAGAACCGUUUCAAAAAUACUUUUGAUAAACAAUUGAAAAGAAAGGAUUUUCUUCCACUACUGGCCAGGAAACGCAAARGUGUUUUGCCUGGACAUGGGUCUUGCUACCCGAAGAUUGACAUAGCAUUUAUCCUGGGUGGAUGUGGSMAGCCACUGUUUCAUCCUUGCAAGUUUGUCGCAAAAAGAAUCCUAGAAGAGUUAGAUCAUCGCCAAACUGAUGUGCAUUUUGGAGUGGUUCUAUUUUCCAAAAGAGCAAAGAAUGUUAUUGGUUUUAGCCAAAACCAAAAUGUCAUUGAUKCCAUAAAAGAGCUAGACUCUUUUAAGUACACAGAAAAGCAAGUCCAUAYAGAUGUCAAUGCCGGAAAUGCAAUAAAACUUGCAGAAGGAUUGUUAAAAAAAGCACGACCAAAYGCCAAAAAAGUUGUUGUGUUUGUUACUGGAGGAAAAUCCAAAGAUGACAUCGUCGUACCUUCCACUAGAUUGAAGAAGUCUGGAAUCGACGUUUAUGGAAUUGGUUUGGGCGAUAGUUACGAGAAAAGUCAGUUAGAUGUGAUAUCCAGUUCACCACAAUUUGUGUAYAAAUUAGGGGCGGACACGUCAAGUCUUGUCAGCGACAGAAUUGUUAAUGCUUACUGUCGGCACGAUAAGGAUGAACAAAUGAGCAACCAAGUUGACACUUACCUAAGCCAUGCUGGCGACUCGUCCAUGUAUCUUAAUUCUUUUCCUGGAGUUGAUAACGCGUUACCACCAUGGGAUUUUGGAAGUAUGGAUUCAUGGCAAGCUGCUCUUGAAAAUGGCGKCAAUCAACAAAAUUAUGGCGCAUCAUUUCAAGAUCCUGUCCAAAAUCCUUUUUACGAUYAUGUCGACGCAUCAAACAAUAUUCAACAUGAAAACAAAGAAAUAUCAACUYUACCAAGUGGUGACAGUUUUCACAACAAAGAUGUCGAMCUUCAAAACAAAGAAAACGCAGUUUUGAAUAAAAUGAAUAAUUCUUCUGCUAUGGAAGAUCAUUCGGGUAAAGAAUCAGCGCCUGAACAUUCUCUAGAAGCAAUUAAUUUGUCAAGUGUCAAAAAUGUAAACGAUCAAAGUGUAGAUAUCAAACAUCUACACGAUUUUGGUAAUUAUCAAGAUGAAGUGAAUAAUGUAGGCGUUAUUAAAAACCAAGGAAAUACCGGAGGGAAUARCAUCCAAAGUAAUAUGAGUGGCAUGACCGGAAACGCUCAAUCGACAAGCAGYGGAAAUACUGGAAAUUAUCAACCCUCGUMUUCACUUAGCAAUUCAAAUAAUCAACCUUCUUCUGGAGGUAAUACUGGAAAUGCCCAGCCUGUUUUCUCUGGAAAUUCCGGAAAUUACCAGCCUUCCACGGGAAGUAAUGCUGGCGUUAACCAACCUUCCUUUACAGAAAAUUCUGGCAAUAACCAGCCUUCAUCUGGAAGUAAUGUUGGCAAUAGUCAACCUUCAUCAGCUGGAAGUCCUGGAAAUAACCAGCCUUCUUCUGGAGGUAAUUCUGGCGUURACCAACCUUCCUACACAGGAAAUUCUGGUAAUAACCAGCCUUCAUCUGGAAGUAAUGUUGGCAAUAGUCAACCUUCAUCAGCUGGAAGUUCUGGAAAUAACCAGCCUUCAUCUGGAGGUUAUGUUGGCAAUAGUCAACCUUUGUCAACUGGAAGUUCUGGAAAUAGCCAGGUUUCACCUGGAAGUGGUAAUGGCAUUAGCCAACCUUCUUUAGUAGGGAUACCUGGAAAUAUGCAGCCUUCGUAUAUGGGAAACACAGGGGGCAAUCAGCUAAGUUCAGGAGGGAAUUCUCCAAACACUCAAACAACUGGAGGAAAUAGCGGAAAUAAUCAACCCGUGGCUAACACAGGAGGACWAGCAAAUAAUCAGCAAAACUUUGGAAGUACUGGAAAUACCCCAACAAACUCAGGAGGAAAUUCAGGGAAUAACCAGGCUAAUGUAGUUGGAAGUACCGGAAAUAUUCAACCUAACAUUGGGGGAAAUGGAAAUACGAAUAACAAUAAUCAACAAAAUUUUGGAAAUUUCCAGGGAAAUAGUGGAGGUAGCAUGGUAUUGCCAGUUACAAUGAUGGUACAAUUACCGAUSCAAAAUCCUUCACAAACAAGUCAACAAAAUAAUCCCCAAAGCCAACCAAAUAGCAGUAGUAGCAAUCCUAAUUCAGAGGGGAAUCAGCAUAGCAAUCCUGUCACCACACCAAACUUUGGAGGGCAACAGCCAAGUAGUGGUGAAAACAAAGCUAGCAGCGGUGGAAGCCAGCCAAACAGUGGAAGGACCCAACCUAACACAGUAGGGAGUCAGCCAAUCAGUGGAGGAAAUAAACCUGGUGGCGGGGGRAAUCAGCCAAACCAGGGAGGGAGCCUGCCUAAUAAUGGAGGAAGUUCAUCCAAUGGUAGUAGCACGAACAGUGUUUCUAAACCAUCAUUGUACAACUCUACCUACACCAGCAGCCACACCAUCAACUGUACCAACUACAUCGCCACUAAAACCUUUACAAAAGCCAAAAGUGGUGCCAUUGAUAACUUUUCCAGGUUUUCCUGUCCCGGUUCCGAUUCCACUACCUCGACCUUCAUUGGAAGGCCGCCCUCCACCACUAAUAGGCGCUCAUUUUGGACAAAAAUUUAA